CUACUUUAUUGUCAUUCAGACGUCAACAACAUAAAGUACAUAGAUUGUAUUUAGGAUCAAAUAGACUCUUGUCUAGUCUAUAAAACGGUAGAAAUGUUCAUUAGAUUGUAAAUGGUUGUAUAUUUAUACAUAUAAGAACUAUAACAUGUAUUUAUUAUUUUGACUUCAAUCACCAGCUGGAACUGGAACAGGUUGCUGCGUGAAAGUAAAAAAAAAACGUUAAAGGCAAAGAAGAACAGAAACCACACCAGCAGCAGGAUUGUUGGGUAUUGCUGAGUCACACCGUGUGUUCCUGUAGUACGACAGAAGAGACUCAAGGAUGAAGAUGAUCUGCAGCAUCCUGCUGCUCCUCAGUCUGACCUCCUGUGGCUCUGGACCAUUUGUAGUGACUGUGACACAGACCUCCUAUCAGGCAGAGGAGAACCACAACAUCACACUGGAGUGGAUGUUCACAACCAGAAACAGCAGUUCCACCAACAUACUUUUAAUCCGCUGUCGACUGUUUGCUGAUCAGAAAUACUUCGUCCUGUUUCAUCUCCGUGAAGGUGUUGAGGUCCCAGAGUCUCAGGAUGAACAGUUUACAGGACGAGUCCGGUGGGACAAAGACGUCCUCAGACACGGACGACUCAGACUUCACAUGUCCAGACUCAGGAUUAAUGACUCUGGUGUGUACCGGUGUAGAAUGGCCACAGGUGAUGGUAAGGGCUCUGGGACAUGUCACCUCAAUGUCACAGCUGCUGAUGAGCCCAAACCUCCGACACCAAGAAUGAGACUACAACCAGAGAGUGGGGGAAAGAUCGCCCUCUACGUUAUAGUGGGACUAGCAGCUCUACUGGUUCUCUGUGUUGGACUCUACUUCUUUCAUAAACGGCCUUGUAGGCCUUGUAGAGGAAACACCGAAACAGACGUACAGAAGAAUCCAUGUGACCCGGAGGAGGGUAUGCCUCUGAAGGAUGUAUGCGUAAGGCAUUAGACCGGAAGUUGUUCUGGUGCGCCAUCUUGAAGAACGUCCCAAAGCUCUUAUUUCUGCACCGAGGAUCGAGGAGGGAUCUCUGAGGAUCGAGGAGGGAUCUCUGAGGAUCGAGGAUACACGAGAGCAUCCUUCACGGAAGUCUUUUACCGACCGACACGCCCCCUUAUUGGAUAUCAGUUACUGAUUGGACGCUGCUGCUGAUAGACACGCCCCCUUAUUGGAUAUCAGUUACUGAUUGGACGCUGCUGCUGAUAGA